GCAUCCAAGUUCUCGUACUCCAAAUCCUUGAGGCGUCUUCGACAACGCAACCUGGUGGACCACGGCCCUUCUGUAGCCUUGCGAUCCGUCAGACCCACUAUCGACACUAGCCCAGCCUUUCCGCAGAGCCGCAACCCUUUCCAUCCCAAAAUAUUCCACCACCCAACCCACCGGUGCGCCCCAACCCAAUUGCACGAACCCCGGCGCUUUACGAGGCGUUCAUCUUAUCGAAUGCACGCAGCCGCAUGGGGAGCCCUUCGAACGACUCGAAGACCCCAAUUAUGGCGCACGUCCUGCCGCGUCGUAGCUGGUGUUCGACGACCCCUACCGUCGUCGUCGGCGAGGAAUUUCCACAGAUCGGCUAUUGCGUAUAGGAUACCUGACGACAACCCGGCGGAUGAUCCGAAGAAGGGGGGUGGGGAGGGAGGACCGAAGAUUACGGCGGAGGAGGAGAGUGCUGCGCCAGGGGAUGCUGCGGCCGGUGAGCCUGUAGUGGCGAAAACGGAUACGGCGACGAGUGGACAGAGGACGAAACGAGGGGAUUAUGGAUCUGCGGCGCGACGGGCGAACAGGAAUGUACGAGUAAAGGAGGUUCCGCCUAUAGUGCUGCCGGAGUGGUUUUUGGAAAACAACGUAAGGCCCAGUGGGGCGAAGGAUAAUGUGGAGCGGAUAUUAUUGUUGGAGGAUAGAACUGCGCCUGAAAAGGAGCAGGAGUCUGUCGAAUCGGCGACUAUAAAGACUGGUGACGAACCUGCGCCCUUACCAGAGGAAACUGUUGCGGAUUCUGAGUUGGGCUCGGACGGUAAAGUUCGGUAUAGUAUGAAGAAUAUUGUCUUCCAGGAACUACAGUCAAACAUCGAAGCUUUAUUGUCGAUACGGCCGCCGAAAGGAGUCGACCCCAAGGAGGUCAUUAGGCCGGAUAUUCUUCUUCAGUGUCCGCAACGUGAUGCAAGCGGGUUUAUGAACCAGGUUGUUGAUACGGUUGCGUUCAAGUUGAAUGCUGACGUGGUGAGGCUGGAUCCGGAUGAUAUCGCACAGAUUGUCGGAGAAUACAUGGGAGAGAACCUGGCAUGGACACCAUGCACAACUUCUCUACUCGGGUAUGAGUUGGACAAAGUUGGGCGAUAUGAGGAGGAGAUGAAUAGGGGAGAGGAAGAAGAUGACUUGGAAAUGGACGAGGUGGAGGAUCCUCAAAAACCAGAAUUGCCUAGCCUUUCUGCAUUGACUUCGGCGUUGAAGGCUGGCAGUUCAAAACUUCGCGGUCUCACUAUCAUACCCGGUGCCGGUGCCCAAAGGUCGUUGUCGAAGCCGAUGUCAUUUGACGAGCUCUUCGGCCAGGGACCCAAUCAAAGCCGAACCCGGUCUACUUCCUCUUCAGAGUCUUGGUCUAAUUUUAAGCUCACCGCUGCAUUGGAAGCGCUCGUUGACGCCUCAUACAACACAGCGGCUAAGUCGACAAGCGCGACUACUUCAACGGAUCCUAGCAGCGCAGAAACCCCGCCACCAAAGCCUACUAUCAUCCAAAUCAACCAGUACAAGGAGAUGGGCAAAAUCGAUGCUGGCAUUAACAUCCUCAAGAUGCUGCGUGACAUUGUCAAGAAGAGGUGGCUGGAAGGAAGGCAUAUUGCCAUUAUCGGAACCACGACAGCAGGAGACCCCGUCCCCGCAACCACGCUCGACUCUAUAGUCCAACUCCAAUCCGACGUUGUUUUCGGCGACCAACGGACUAUAAUGGUGACCCCAGCCAAGACGCAGGACAUGGAAGCCCUAAAAAUCGACGAAAAACACCGUAAUCGCCGUGUCAAUAUCCGUCACCUAAAGGACAUGGUUUCCAAAUUAUCCAAUGGCGAAGCUGCGCCACUGAUAGACAAUAUCGUUGAAAAUUUCCUAUCAACACGCAACGUUGCUCCUCCCUCAGAACCCCAAGUAUGGAGCGACCUACACACCAAAAUGGUAGAAGACCUCGAAGAAUCCAUCUGGCCCUACCCCCGCGUCCACCGCCUCGCAACCGUCAUGAUCGGCUCCUCAUCCAUCGACCUCACCCACGCCGGCAACUCCUCCCUCCUCGCCGCCUACGACAUCAUCGACGCCAGCGACGAAGAGAAAGCCCUCUGGAUGAAGAAAGACGAUCGGAAAAAAUCGUCCACCACCACAUCAUCAUCCAAAGACUCCCUCGCCGACCAAAAACGCAGACAGAUCAAGGUAAACGCCACCCUGCGCGAGAAGAAACUCCUCGGCGGAGUCGUGCACCCCGAAAACAUCAAAGUCACAUUCUCCGACGUCCGCGCCCCGGCAGAUACCAUCGACGCCCUCAAGACCCUCACGAGCCUCUCCUUAGUCCGACCAGAGGCAUUCUCCUACGGUGUCCUCGCUAAAGACAAGAUCCCCGGUGUCCUCCUCUACGGGCCCCCCGGCACAGGCAAAACGAUGCUGGCUAAAGCCCUCGCCAAGGAAAGCGACACCACGGUCCUCGAAGUCUCCGGGUCAGAGAUCUACGACAAGUACGUCGGCGAGGGCGAGAAGAACGUCAAAGCCGUCUUCUCCCUUGCCAAGAAACUCGCCCCCUGCAUCGUCUUCAUUGACGAGGCGGACGCUAUCUUCGGGGACCGCGGCGCGGGAAGCCAGCGCACCAGCCACCGCGAGAUCAUUAAUGAGUUCCUCCGCGAAUGGGACGGGAUGAACGAUCUCUCCGCUUUCAUUAUGGUCGCUACGAAUCGGCCGUUUGAUCUCGAUGAGGCGAUUCUGAGACGUCUGCCGAGACGGUUGUUGAUUGAUCUCCCCGUCGAGGCGGAUAGAGAGGCGAUAUUGAAGAUUCAUCUCCAAGGCGAGGAUCUGGAGGAUUCAGUUGACCUCGCGGCCUUGGCAGCAAAUACGCCCUUCUACUCCGGCUCAGACCUCAAGAACCUCAGCGUCGCCGCAGCCCUAGCGUGCGUGCGCGAGGAAACCACCACAGCGACAGCGGCAGCCGCCUCCUCCGCUGCCGCAGGGGAAGACGUCUCCGCCUUAUCGAAGAACCUGUCAUACCCCGCUAAGCGGACGAUCGGGAAGAGACAUUUCGACAUCGCGAUCCAGGAGAUUUCGGCGAGUGUUAGUGAAGAUAUGGCGACGCUUGCUGCGAUUCGCAAGUUUGAUGAGAGGUACGGGGAUCGAAAGGGGAGGAAGAAGAAGACGGCGAUGGGGUUUGGGAGGGAGAGGGAGGGGGUGGAUGAGGAGGGAGCGAGGGUUAGGCAGAGGGAGGUUGGGAGGGGGGUGGGGAUUUGA